AUGGAGCGAUUCGUCCCCCUGCUCGUCCUCGGCUGCCUCUGCGUCCCUCGAGCCACGGCGGAUAGCUUGUCGCCUCCUGCCAAUGUGACCAUCAAAGCGGUGAAAGCGAACUCGGCCGUGGUGACAUGGGACAUCCCCGAGGGAGACCCCGUUAUUGGCUUUGCCAUCACACAGCAGAAGAAAGACGUGCGCAUGCUGCGAUUCAUCCAGGAAGUCAACACCACCACGCGCUCCUGUGCAUUAUGGGACCUGGAGGAAGAGACGGACUACAUUGUGCAUGUCCAGUCCAUCAGCAUGUCUGAGACCAGCCCGCUCAGCGAAACUCUGCGCUUCCGAACGCCGAAGGAGGCCGAGACCCAGGCCUCUCAGAGUAAAGACGAGGUGACGAUGGAGGAAGUGGGCCAGACCACCCAGAUGAGGGCGGGGGAGCUCAUCAUCAUCGUGGUGGUGCUCAUCAUGUGGGCAGGUGUGAUCACUCUCUUCUGUCGGCAGUAUGACAUCAUCAAAGACAAUGAGCCCAACACCAACAAAGACAAGACCAAAAACUCCUCUGAGUGCAGCACUCCUGAGCCCCCGACGGGGGGGCUGUUGCGCAGUAAGUUCCCCAAGAACAACAACAACAACAACAAUAGAAUGCCAUCCGUCAACAUCAUCGAGGUGUGA